AUGUCUGAAAUCAAGCUGAGCUCAAAUUCGGCUCCUCUUGGCGGCUGGGUUGAUGAGCUUUUCAACAAGAUAUUUUUCCAGCCCAACGACAUACUCUCGCAUGAGGCCUUCAAGGAACAUACUGCCUCUGAUCUACUUGUCAGAGUCAAAGACUCUAUGAACGUCCAGUCGAACAACGAAAUCCAAGUCUGGAAUGCCCCCGAUGGCUCUGGCGGGGGCUGCGUGGCUCACAUGUGGCACCUUAUUUUGACCGAAAAGACCAGUAGGCAAACUGUCAAGAGCUCGAGUCUGACUCUGGCCAACGUGCAGAUUCGCGAUGGAAAGAGGGUUCUAGUUGAGCUAACAGAGGUGGCAAAAUGA